AUGACUUCUAAAAGCGGUGACGUUGUAUUUCUGGUGCUUUUAUUUUUCGCUAUUUUCAAAAAUGCAUUUGGGCAAAACUUGGCUUUUAGAAUCGAUAAAGACGCAACAUCACAAGGUUACCCACGGGAUUCACUUUCAAAUUUUACUGAAUUUGCGAGAAAUUAUGGAUAUGCAGCUGAAGAACUUACUGUAAUAACAGGAGAUGGGUACAUCCUCUCGGUAUUCCGGAUACCGAAGGGCAAAAACUGUAGAGGAAGGGUAAGGCAACCUCCAGUGUUGCUUAUGCACGGGCUGCUACAGAGUUCGGAUUCUUGGUUAGAUGCCGGUCCAUCAGCAGGCCUCGCGUUUCUUAUAUCAGACGCGUGCUAUGAUCUGUGGGUUGGAAAUGUGCGUGGCACGUAUUAUGGAAGAAGAAACGUUCGUCUCAAUCCAGAUACAGACUCACAAUUUUGGAAUUUUACCUCACAUGAUAUGGGACGGUCAGACGUUCCAGCUAUUAUUGACUACAUGUUAAAAGAGACGGGAUCUUCGAAAUUAAAUUAUGUUGGAUUCUCACAAGGAGCUCGGAUAUUUUUCAUCAUGUGCUCCGAAACAUUUGGAUACUGCGACAAAAUAAAAGUUUCCAUUAAUUUAGCACCAGCCACAAGACAGAAAUACGUGAGAUCUAUACCUAUAAGAUUGUUGUAUCAAUUUUAUGCUUUAAUUGAACCACUUUUAAGCAGUCCUCGUGAGUUGGAAGUUUCACAAAAAGGGGGAUCGAUUCAAAAAGCGUUUUUUUUCUUUUGCAAAGAUAACAUUUUGGCGGGAACUGUGUGUAGAGCAGCGUUGGCUUUAAUCAAUUCUUAUGAUCCGGGUUCAAUUUUAACUCAAACGAUAAGAGUGUUAUUUGGACAUUUCCCUGGUGGAACUUCAGCUCGGAAUUUAGCUUUCUUUGGUCAAAACGUGAUAUCAGGUAGAUUUCAAAAAUACAAUUAUGGUACACGUAAGAAUUUGGAACUAUAUGGUACCGUUCAACCGCCUAUUUAUAACCUCAAUCGUACUAACAUUCCUGUUGUAUUAAUGUAUAGUGAAAACGAUUUAUUGGUCGAUUCGAAGGACGUUCACUGGCUUUCGACUCAAUUGUCAAAUUUGAUAGAGUCUUAUAAAAUAAAACGUGCGACAUGGACUCACUUAGACAACUGCUAUAGUCAAUACACAAAGAUAACUAUUUUUCCUAAAAUCAGUGAGUAUUUACAGAAAUAUAGUGGUUUGGAUCUAUAA